ACGCCCGAGCCGCAGCUCAUCGGCCACCUCCCUGUCGCGUCCGCCGAGGCCGGCCGCACGUUCGUCGAGCUCGAAGAGUCGACCUACGCCAACAAGGCGAUCGGCGACGUCAAGUACUACGAGCCCGACAUGGCGAGGUGCGACUGCAGCCCAGACUCGAAGCCCGGCACUGACCCUGUCCCCUUGCCUCCCCGCGCAGGUGUGCCCGAGGACGAGCAGAGCUGCGGCGAGUUGUCCAACUGCAUGAACCGCCUCAUGCAGAUCGAGUGCCUAAAGGGCGACUGUAAGUGCGGCAAGCAGUGCCAGAACCAGCGGUUCCAGAAGCGCCAGUACGCGCCGAUAGAGGUCGUCAAGACGGAGAAGAAGGGCUUUGGCGUCCGGGCCGAGGCCGACAUUCCUGCAGACGCGUUCGUGUACGAGUACGUCGGCGAGGUGAUCGGGCCCAAGCCGUUCGAGGCCAAGAUGAAGGCGUACGCCAACGACGGCAUCAAGCACUUCUACUUCAUGGCGCUCGACCGCGACGUCUUUAUCGACGCGACCAAGAAGGGCGGCAAAGGGCGGUUCCUCAACCACUCGUGCAACCCCAACUGCUACGUCAGCAAGUGGACCGUCGGCAAGAAGAUGCGCAUGGGUAUCUUCACCAAGCGCGACGUCAAACAGUACGAGGAGCUCACGUUCAACUACAACGUCGACCGUUACGGCCACGUCGCGCAAGAGUGCUUCUGCGGCGAGCCCAACUGCGUCGGCUUCAUCGGCGGCAAGACGCAGACCGACAUCGGCGGCAUGGACGACCUCUACAUCGACGCGCUCGGCAUCACGGACGAGGUCGAGCAGCUCGAGCUCAAGGGCAACAAGAAGAAGAAGGGCAAGAAGCUCGACGAGGACUUUACGCCGACUCUGCAUCCUGUCGAGCUCGACGAGGUCCCCAAGGUGUCGUCGGCCAUCCGCCAGGCGCUCCAGACGCGCCGCAUCCUCGAGAAGCUCCUCACGCGCGUCCAGAUGACGACCGACGACGAGGUCCUGCGCGGCCUCAUGCGCCUCCACGGCCUCAACCUCAUGAACAACGUCCUGCGCGAGUACCCGCAAGACGUUCACGUCAUCCUGCUCGACCUCGAGAUCCUCGCCAAGUGGAAGCUCCAGACGCGCAACAAGAUCGAGUCGUCGCGCAUCGAGGAGAGCGUCACGCGCUGCCUCGACGUCGCCGACGAGCGCGUCCAGACGCUCGCCAAGGACGUCCUCGCCUCGUGGGCCGAGCUGCAGCUCGCGUACCGCAUCCCCAAGGCGCUACUCCCUUCGCCCUCGACCGACGACGACCAGCGCCCGGCCUUCAUCCGCCCGCAGCCCAACACGACGAUCCAGCGCCGCAGCCGCGCCCUCCCAGACGGCUGGCACGUCGAGUACGACCGCGAGUCGGACCGCGACCUGUACACCAACCUGUACACGGGCGCCAAGCAGCGCGACCGGCCGUCGGGCCCGGCGCCGCAGCGUCCGCCGCCGCACCACGCCCAAGCCGAGCGCGCCCGCGCCCCGGCGCCCGUCCUCGACGCCAACGAGCUCAUCAAGCAGGCCGAGGAGCAGGCGCGCGAAGCGCUCGAGGCCGAGGAGCGGCGCGCCAAGGCCGAGCGCGACGCGCGCGAGGCCGAGCGGAGCGAGAGGGCCGAGCGCAAGAGGGCCGAGAAGGAGGAGAAGGGCGCGAGGGUCAAGGACAAGAUGGUCAUGGGCCUGUUCUCGACCGUCGUCGUCAACACGAUGAGCAAGUACAAGGGCGAGUUUGAGCCCGACGCGUUCAAGAAGCGCGCGCGCGAGGUCUCGGAGCUCCUCGUCGAGAAGGAGAAGAAGCGCCCGUCGUACGCGACCGACUCGUACGAGUCGCUCGCGCCCGAGAAGGAGGCCAAGGUCCGCUCGUUCGUCAAGGACUGGGUCAAGAAGCUCCUCGAGCGCAAGAAGGCCACCUCGUCGUCGGCGGCGGCGGCCCGUCGCCCGUCGUCGAGCAGCGCGUCGACGCCGAGGCCUGGCGUACCGCCCUCGCCGGCGACGCCGACCGUCUCGGCCUUCAACGGGCACUCGAACGGUGGCGGCCCCGAGGCGGGCGCGCCGCAGUGAGUCUCGCAGCAUAGCACGCACAGUACUCUUCAUAUCACACCCCUUGUUGUCCCCCUCGUCGUCCCCCUCCUUGCAGUCG